AGCUGCUCAGCUAACCCAAACCCAUCUGUUCCUUCACGUCAAUACCCUUUUGAGAGAUACUUCCCAUAAUCGAAAAAUGGCGUCAAAAGAACCCCAGACCAUAAGGUGCAAAGCCGCAAUCUGUUGGGGGCCCGGGCAGCCGUUAACAGUGGAGGAGAUCGAGGUGGAGCCGCCUCGAUCGUCGGAGGUUCGGAUCCGAAUCCUCUGCGCUAGCUUGUGCCAUACUGAUGAAACCGGGUGGAACGGCUAUCCUGUUGUAAGUACAGUGAUAAAGGAAACAACCAAGUCCCUUUUGGCCGCUAUAUCCAAGAGUCUUGGGGCAUGAAGGAGUUGGGUAAGCACCUCUAAAUCCUGUGUUUUCAAAUCUAUAGUAUUUGAUUUGCUUCAAAAAAAAAAAACUAUGGCAUUAAUUUGAUGUGUUUUUGGAAAUUAUCAUACUUAUAAGGUUAAUUGUGUAUAAACCCUCUGGUUUCUUUUCCUUUCUUUUUUUUUGGGUAAAUAGAUCCCAGAGUAAAACUUUUUUGGCUCCUUAUAUCCUUUUUGGAAAGUAAUCGGAUCCAAUCUAGAAUUAAUGACCCUCCAACGGAUACUAAGAAUUAAUUUUAACCCAAAAGGUAUAAUUGUUAGUCCCAACUUCUAUUUUAAAUUCAUCACUCUUUCUAAACUAUGCUUACACUACAAAAGACACAAAAACGUAGAUUUUCUUCAUGAAUCAUCAAUUUUGAAGAAUAAUUUAAAAUAAUUUUGAGAGACGCCUAUUAUACGACCUAGAUUAAGGGAUGACAUGUAAGG